AUGCAUUUCAAGUUGUCUCCAACUAAAACGUUAUUAGUUGUUAUUCAGAGAGUGAAGUCCGCGUCGGUCACGGUCGACUCUGAGUUAAUCUCAUCCAUUGGCAAGGGACUGCUAGUAUUUGCUGGCGUGGGCAAAGAGGACACAGAAAAGGAAGCAGAAAAUCUGGUGAAGAAGGUGCUCAAGGCAAAGUUCUGGCCGGAUGAAAAUGGCGUACAAUGGAAGAGGAAUGUCCAGGAUAUUGAGGGAGAGGUGCUCUGUGGUAUGUUCAUCCUUCCAACCAAUCUGGCUCGAGCUGCUGCUGAUGCCAAACCAGUCUCCCAGUUCACUCUGUACGGCAAAAUGAAGAAGGGCAACAAGCCUGAUUUCCAUGACGCGGCCGACGCCACAACAGCUCGGAAAGUCUACGACCAUUUCUACAACAAGAUGCGUGAUCACUACGUUACCGAUCGGGUCAAGGAUGGCGUGUUCCAGGCCAUGAUGGAUGUGGAGCUUAAAAACGAUGGGCCGGUGGGUGUCGACUACCGCAGUGAAGAUGCGGCGGUCACCAUCGAGAUCGAUACCACACUCCCUAAGAAAGAACCCAAGAAGCCGAAGACGGAGGGUGCCGACAAGGGCGAAGAGGGUGGGGAGGACUCGGAGGCCAGGCACACCUUCGAAUUUAAACUGCCAGCGGAAUUGCUGGCUUGA